GUCGAACACCAAGUGACUCAAAGUGGAUCUUGUUAGCCGAUGCACUGUCCAGUUAUCCAGAAAUUGCCCAAGGAUGUCAUUGAGAAACUGCGUGGAAAUGUGGUGAUCCCUUCCGUUGCACGAGCUGCAGAAGAGAUGGUCUUGAACGCCGUUGAAGCAGAUGCAUCGGUGGUGGAGGUGGAGCUGCAGGAGGCUGCUGCAGUGGGAUGUGCCUUGGAGGUCCGCGACAACGGGCGGGGCAUCGACCCAGAUGACUUUGAUCAGCUUGGUCUUCGUGGUGCAAGGAGCGGCCGUGGCCGAGGAGAAUCUCUUGCUGCCUUGGUAGCCCUAUCCCAGCGGGUGGUGUUGCUGUCCAAGGUAGCAGGGAAAGAGACCUGGUGCAAGUCCUUUCAAAGUGGUGCCAUGGUCAAAUGUGGACCAGCUGGACAUCCCAGAGGAGGUGUGGGAACCACUGUUCGUAUCGAAGGCUCUUGGGCUUCUUCUGCGCAGGCAGCAAUGUUGCGUCUGCGCCUGGAGCGACUAGCAUUGCUGCGACCACGACUGGCAAUAGACCUGCGCACUGGGCCGAGGGAGGUGGAGAUUCUGAAGCUCAAGCAAGAAGAUUCAACUUCUCGAGUGCAACACGUGCUGGGCUUGGGUUGUGCCCGUGCCCUCUGCAGGGUGAAGUGCUACUCAAGGCAAUUUGCUUGCGGGCUGGAAGGUGUUAUUUCCAAACUGAAAGAUGGCCAUGCGAGCGAUCGAUUCAUGUUCCUCUACAUCAAUGGGCGCUUCGUGGAAAAGACACCGAUCCACAGACAGAUUGCAAACUUUUAUGCCACAAGCAGCUUAUCAAACGCUUCUCAAGGCAGAGGCCCAAUAUCCAUCGCAAAUGCAGCAGCUGGUAAUUUGCGCCCUUUGUUCGUGCUGAACCUGGUUUGUCCCGACGAGUGGUACGACCUGAACUUUUUGCCAGAUCGAUCUGUUGCCCAGUUCAGAAACUGGAAACAACCCACCGGUUUCAUCCUGGAUUGUUUGCGAUCAGUUUGGCUUGAACACAGGAGUUCAAUGGACUCGGACUUCGAGCCAAGCUCUAAUUUUGAGCUGAACGAGACGAACAGGAGGGGUUGUCGCUUUAUUGCCAAACAAGCUCUGACAUCUCCUACAGAAACAGGCACUGCGAAGCUGCUCCCAAAAAAUCGAGAGGAGGUUGCUCGAAGAGCCCAGGCGGAAAAGGAAGCAAUCCGCCGGCGCAUGGAAGAGCAGCAGAGGAUGGAAGAGGAGAAUCGGAAGCAACGGGAAAGAGCUUUGCGCCAAGCUGAACAACGCCGCGCACAGGAACAAGCAGCUCACUUGCAGCGGCUGCAGAAAGAGCAAGAGCAACGGAGAAGGGAACACGAAAGAGCUCGUGAACGGCAGCAGCAACAAGCUCGUGAAGCUGAAAAACGCUUGGCUCAGGAACUUCAAAGAGAGCGUGACAACAUGCAAAAGGCCAAGCUUGAGAAGUGGCAAAGGUUGAAGCGCGAGUAUCCCAUCCCGAUCUUUCUUCAGAACUACGUCAAUGAGGUGAGUCAGAAUGCAGAGGCUGAUGCUGCUCGAGACCGUUUUGUGAACGUGGCGUUUCUUGGAGACUCAGGAACUGGCAAGAGUUCGCUGAUCAAAGUCGUCCUGAAGCAUUUUGGAGUUGACUUACCCCAGGCCCAGAUGCCCAAAAUCUCCAUGGAAGGCGAUGGAACGCUUGAGCCCACGCGAUUUCGAUUAGCAAUACUCGGUCAAGUCUCUCUAUGGGAUCUCCCUGGCCAAGGAACUUCGAAGAUUCCUUCCAUGACCUAUCUCUGCAACAUGGGCCUGAAAUACUUUGAUGUCGUUUGUAUCGUCACUGAUGGUCGGUGGUCUCAAGGUGAUGACAGCCUUUUGGUAGCCAUUCGCCAUGCAGGAAUUCGUUGCUUGGUUGUCCGAAGCAAGGUAGAUCUUGCUGUUGAUGCUGGCUGGAUGGAUAAAGGAUGCGGUCAAGCUGAGACAUUGUCAGAUGUGCACAAGCAACUCCAACUGCAAACUGGCCUGAAACCACAUCGCAUCCAUCUCUCGACAUCCAGGGAGCGCUUUUGGAAGGAUUUCGGCUCCGUGGACAACUUUUGCAAAGACCUCCGAAAGGAUGUGGUCGCCUGUUUGAGGGAAGAGGCUGCAGAACAAAUGUUUGAUGGUGACUGCGUCCUGAACUCAUCCUUUGGGGCUUUGAAGAGAAAGGCCCCAGUGGAGCGCGGACGAGAGUGGUUGGCUUGUCACUGCCCCGACUGCCGCCAAGCUCACGGUGCAGCCUGGGUACCAUUGGUGCCACUGGCCAUCAAGGGUCAAGAACUCCAUGGCGAACAAGGCUCUUUGAAAGAGGGUCCGCUCUCAAUGUGCUCUGCACUUGCAGGCACGGUCAACGCAGAAGUGAAACGUCACUUCUGCCAGGCGUGUGGCAGUACUUGUUUAGUUUCGUUGCACAUGGAAGGGAAGGUUCGAUGCUCGCUAUUGCCAGCCGGAGUCCUUUGUGACAAGGCCUUUCCGAAGGAUUUCUCUCCCAAGUUGAAGGAUUGUGGCACUGAGUCGCCAGCUCCGUUUGGCCCUUUAAGCGGGAUCGUCUUGAACUCUGCUCCAGAACCUCCAAUUCUCGGCUCUUGCCUUUGUGGAAGUUGCCGUUUCAGGACCUUGCGACUUCCCAGAGAAAUGCAGCACUGCCACUGCUCCAUGUGCCGACAGAUGAGUGGUGCCGCCUACCAGACCUGGACACCGGUGCCCAAAACCGAAAUCGAGUGGCUGAAGCCCAACUCUUUGAAGGUCAUCAGAGCAUCAAGGCCAAGCGCGUGUUUCACCUAUUGA